CUCGGUGCACCACUGAGGCGGGUGCGAUUCCGGGGUGCAUUCCUGGUGUCCCUAGAAUGCCAUACUACAUACAGCGCUAUAAAAGGCCGACACCGGCGCUUGGUGCAGCGCUUUGGCGACCUGCGCUCCUUUCCAGGCGUUUUUUUUUCUGGUGGCGACGCGUUCUUCUACGCGUUCCAGCAAAAAUGACAACCUCAAGGAGGCUUGCUGACAAGAAAAUUGCCAAGUUUCAGAAGAAUAUCAUGAAGAGGGGAUCUGUUCCUGAAACAUCAGUCAAGAAAGGCUACGACUAUCCUGUCGGGCCUAUUGUGCUUGGCUUCUUUAUCUUCGUUGUCAUUGGAUCGUCUCUCUUCCAAAUCAUUAGGACGGCGACAAGCGGUGGUGUGGCUUGAAGGCUGAUGACAAAGAAAGUUCGGUCGUGCAUAGGGCUUUGAGAAGUCUUAGUUUUCUGUGAACUGACAUAUAUGUUAGGAGAGAUGUUGUGGGGGAGAUGAUGUCAAUCAUAACUAAAUUUGGUUUAAUACAAUAAAUGGUGUGUUCCGGUGAACCCAAGUGCAUAUCUGUUUACCUAUAUCUUCGAACGUGGUUAAUGCCAGACAUACUUAUAAUUCUUCUUGAUGAUAAUGGUUACUUGGCAUGCGGGUUGAGAUAAAA